AUGACGUACCAGCACAAGAUCAAGGCCCAGAGCCGCGAGGUCAAGCGCCUCGAGAAGGAGGGGCUCAAGCUGCACAAGCAGCCCCGCCGCGACGUUGCCCGCUUCCGCGCCCAUCUCGUCGACCUCACCAACAAGCUCGACGGCCUGACGACGCUGCACGCCGACCACGCCCGCACCCUGCUGCGCGAGAGCCAAGACACGAGCGCCCGCAUCGUCGACGCCAGCUGCAGCCUCGUCCGUGCAGAGGUGGACAUAUUUGAGAGCCUCGCCCGCAAGGGAUGGACCGGCGGCGGGCUCGACGACUUGCUCGACAGGGGCCAGGAUCUCUUUGCGAACGACGACGCCGGCGGCGCGGGCGCCAACGCCGCCGACCCUGCAAAGCUCUUCUCCAUCCUCCCGCCAAAGAGCAUCCUCGCCGACUCGGCCUCGGACGCCUCUCGCCUUGACCACGACCGCGCCGACGGCCUCCUCCCCGCCGACGACCAUGGCGGCGACCGCCCCCGCUCCUUUGCCGCCUCGGCCACCGCCAGUACCGCCGGAACCGACACCACAGACGCCACGAGCAGCACCUCGAGCGCUGGCACCAUCACCGCCGCCGGCACCGCCGCCGCCGCCUCGACCCCUGACAGCGUCGUCUCCCCCGAACCCAGCAAGCCGCGCCACCCCCGGCCCUUUUCCCCGCAGCCCAUCCGCAGAAUCCCCACCGACGUGACGUUUGAAUCGCUCGGCGCCCUUGCCGCCACCGAGCCCCCGGGUCCUGCCCGUCGCGGAACGAGUGGCGGCCGAGCAGACGCAGGCGGUGCCGAGGGAAAAGACGAAGACAAGAGCAGCAGCAAGGCCGCAGAUGGAGGAGACCCUGGCGCAGAAGAACAGCAGCCAUCAGAGGCCGUCGAGAGCGAGGCACGGCAAGACCGGGGCAGGAAACCAUCGCAGUCCACGUACGCGAACCGGCGCUCGUCCUUGCCGGGUCCCGCAACGACGGAUAAGGACGAGGCUGAUGGCAACUAG